CCUUGAGGCCCACCUCUGAGUAACCAGCCAGGGGAGGUUAUUAUAGCCAGGGCUUUCUAGAAGUGAGGGCGAGGAGCAUGUCACAGAGGUCUUUCCAGUAUGCAGUGUGGCCAGGCUGACCCUCACGGCCCGAAGUGGCCUGAGGCUGAGCAGACCUUGGAACGAAAGACACUGAGACCUCACCCACGUUUUCUGACUGCUGGUAGGUUUACCUACCUUAUCCCCGCUCUUGCUGUCCAAGAGACUGACAGGACGGGACGCUUUACUGCCUCCGGGCCAGCAGAGGGAGCCAGCCGCAGCGCGGAGCCGAGAGCGCGUCCCAGGGCGCCGGCCGCACUGCGCAGCCGCGGAACGCUCGGCCUAUCCCCGCGGCGAACCGAACCGGGAGGCAACGCGAUGAGCGCGGCUGGCGCGGGCGUGGGCGGUCGCCGCUGGGCGCGACUGUCCCGCCUCGUCUCCUUCAGCGCGACCCACCGGCUCCACAGCAAAUGUCUGAGUAAGGAAGAAAAUUUGAAACUGUAUGGGAAAUGCAACAAUCCAAAUGGCCAUGGGCACAAUUAUAAAGUUGUGGUGACAGUUCAUGGAGAGAUUGAUCCUCUUACAGGCAUGGUUAUGAAUAUGACCGACCUCAAAGAGUACAUGGAGGAGGCAAUUAUGAAGCCCCUUGAUCAUAAGAAUCUGGAUCUAGAUGUGCCAUACUUUGCAGAUAUUGUAAGCUCCAUAGAAGGAGGUAGGAGAGAAGGAAGAGGACAGAGAAGGGAGGAGAAGGACCAGGAGCUCCAGGAUGGUUUGAAGUUGGAGAUGACAGCCUGUGAAAGGUUUGGCUGAUCCAAAAUGGGAUAUUUGGAGAAUGUUCCUCGGCACCUCGAAGAGAAGCAUCAGAUUGGGAAGGAAAGACCAAGAUUCAGGAGCCAGACAGUUCUGCCACUUACUUGCUGCAGUGGAACCCUGAGCCAUCACCUCACUUCUCUCGGCUUCAGGCUGCUUGUGAACCAGAUGGGAGAGUAACACUGUCCCUGCCUAACUCGCUCGAGUUUCCUCCCACAGACUGAAGGUGAACAGUGCCUCCUGGCAUGCAACAUGCCAUCAUCCACAGGGGCAUCGUUCUCUCAAAUGGAUGUGGACAGACUACAGACUAUGAUGCAGAUACUACCCCUGAAAAUAAUAAAAAUGCCCAUUUUCUUUAAGUCAGAGAAUUUGCCUCAGGUGAGCUCUUGCUGGGGCUCAGUUAACCUGGGUGUCUGGACGUCAUAGCCCCCUGGUUCAGGUUUGCGCAGAGAACAGGCAGAAACAGCCCCACCCAGCUAACUCUAUCACAUGUUCUCUUUCUUUCUGUUUCUGCCCCCACUUCCCAUUUGGGUCAAAGACACAUGUUUUAUGUGACUGAGCGCAGGAGUGGAGGGGUGUGCUCUGAAGUUCUGAUGAACUCCCUAUAGAAGGCAAAGGACGACAGAGAGAACGGCUUCUCACCUGUGUAGUUUCUGUUGCUGUCAUAGACAUCUGAAUUGACCAUGAUGCCUGGGCCAGUGGUGGUGACCUCACUGAAGAACAUGCAUUUGUCAAUUUCACCUGCAGAGCUGGCAGAA